AUGUUUAUGAGCAUUGGUUGUGUUUUAAUAUAUCCAUUAAUGUUAGCAAUCCAAGCAGAAACAACAGCAGAAUACACCGUCCAAGCUUUUCGUUUAAACGAAAAUUGUUUAAAUAAUCCAAUUUUGUUGUUUAUUUUCAAAAAAUUAAUUUUUUCUCUUUUUGCUUUAUUUAUGAUGUUUAUUAAUUUUUAUUCACUUCGACGAGUUGGUGCUCGUUUUCAAAUUGCUGGAACUAUUGCUAAACUUUUAGCAACAACUUUAAUUGUUUGUACAGCUAUUUAUAUAUUAAUUAGUAAAGGUCAAUUACAAAAUUUUUCUUCGCCUUUUCAAAAUUCUAAAUGGGAAGCUAUGUCUUUAGUAAAUGCAUUUUUUGCUGGUUUAUUUAGUUAUGAUGGUUGGGAUGUUUUGAAUUUUGGAGCCGAAGAAAUUGAAAAUCCAAAGAGAACAAUGCCUUUUGCAAUACUUUCUGGGAUGUUUUGUGUUACUAGCAUUUACAUUGUAAUUAAUCUUUCUUUUUUGGUUGUUCUUGAUGCAGACACAGUUAGGGACAGUACUGCUGUAGCAAUGGCAAGUACAUACACUCCUCCACAAAAUUAUAGCCCCACCUAUAUUUUUCUCGGUUUUCAUACUGUAUCCGUUGUUUUUAUUUUCGGACUUUUUUGUAAUAAUAAAUAGUGGUCUAAGAUUAGGUUUAUAAAAAAAUUUUGUUUUCAAAUCAAUUUUUUCGAAAGUUAUAGCA